CGACGACAAGCCUGGAAUCUGAGGCGCGCCGUCUUUGCCCCACCUCACUUCCUUUCUUCGUUGCUGGCGCCGAUACGCCAUGGCACCGACGACCCAGGAGCUGAGCAAGCUCGUUGAGACGAAGAAAGAGCAUGCUGCGGCAGCGCUGGAGAAGGUUGGGGGCGUUGAGGGCGUUGCCCGGAGCUUGAACGUCACGUUGGAGCAUGGCCUCGACUCGAAAAAUGCCGCCGACCUCGCCGCCCGCGAAGCGCAGUACGGCAAAAACUACAUCGAGGCGGAGAAACCGCUCACAUUGUUUCAAUUGAUGUGGCAAGCGUUCAAUGAUUUAACCAUUAUCGUGUUGACGUGUGCCGGGACGAUUUCCCUCGUCCUCGGGUUCAUCCCCAUGCCCAAGUCGUCGUCUGCGGCGGUAGAAGCUGCUCCUGAUGACUCGGAAUCGACGUGGAUCGAAGGCGCGUCCAUCUUGUUUGCCGUGCUCAUCGUGACGUUCGUGACCGCCAUCAACGACUACCAGAAAGAACAACAAUUCCGCGCAUUGAACGCCGUCAAGGAGGACGAGAAGAUCAAGGUCAUUCGCAACGGCGUGCCGGCUGAGGUGAGCAAGUUCAGCUUGGUCGUGGGGGACAUUGUCCGCGUGGACUUGGGCGACAUCAUCCCGGCGGACGGGCUCGUGUUUGACGAGAGUGACCUAAAGCUGGACGAAAGCGCCAUGACGGGCGAGUCGUUUUUGAUCAAGAAGGACCGCAAGGAAAAUCCAUUCUUGCUGUCCGGUACCAAGGUGAUGGAAGGCGUCGGGAAGAUGCUCGUGGUCGCAGUCGGCGAGAACUCGCAGUCGGGACAGAUCACUCAGUUGAUCGCGGGCAAGGGACCAUCUACGAAACCUACUUCUCCCAAAGCCGCGUCCGAGUCGACGCCGUUGCUUGCCAAAACGACUUCUGCUGCUGAGGAAGUGCCAGACGACGAGCACGACGAAGUUGUGUCCCCGCUGCAAGGCAAGCUCGACAGUUUGACCAUGAUGAUCGGAUCCAUGGGAGUGUACACGGCGUUGUUUGUGUUCUUGGCCAUGGUGGUCCGCUUCUCGGUGGUCAAAUUCUGGAUUCACGGCGAGCCCUGGAGCAACGAGUUCCUCAAGGAUUACUUGAACCACUUCAUCCUCGGCGUGACGGUGCUGGUGGUGGCGAUUCCAGAAGGCUUGCCCCUGGCCGUCACCAUCGCCUUGGCAUUUUCCGUCAAGAAAAUGCUCAAGGACAACAACCUGGUGCGCCACCUGGACGCGUGCGAGACGAUGGGCAGCGCCACGACCAUUUGCUCGGACAAAACAGGCACCCUCACCACGAACCGCAUGACCGUCAUGGAGUGCUACCUCGGCCAGCAUGAGUUCACGUCGGUUGGUCCUCUCCGUGUACAAGCGAGCGCCGACACGAAAGACAUUUUGUGCAAAUGCAUCUGUCUCAACUCGACGGCCGAGAUCCUCCCGCCCAAGCACGUCGGCAGCCAGCCCGAGCACACGGGCAACAAAACCGAGUGCGCGUUGCUCCAGCUCGCCGCCGACUUGGGCGUGCAAUACGCCGACGUCCGCAAGGAGACGGAACUGUUGCGCAUGAUCACGUUCAGCAGCGCCAAGAAGCGCAUGUCGGUGGUCGUGCCGCUGUCCGACUCCAAGGUCCGCAUCUUCACCAAGGGGGCGAGUGAAAUCGUGUUGGGUUUGUGCACGUCGCAGCUCCACUUGGACGGCACCACGUCCGAAUUCACGACUGCCGACAAAGCCAACGUCAACUCGACCGUGAUUGAAAAGUUUGCCGAGCAAGCGUACCGCACCUUGUCCUUGGCGUACCGCGAUGUGGACGUCACCGCCGACGAGAUCAAGGACCCGUCGCAAUGGUCAGACGACGACAUUGAGAAAGACUUGACGUGCAUCUGCAUCGUCGGGAUUGAAGACCCCGUGCGCGAAGAAGUGCCCGAGUCGAUUCGCCAGUGCAACCGCGCUGGCAUUGUCGUGCGCAUGGUGACGGGCGACAACAUCGCGACGGCGAGGUCCAUUGCGCUCAAGUGCGGCAUCUUGACCCCCGGGGACAAGUCGAUCGUCAUGGAAGGCGCGACGUUCCGGGCUCGCGUGCACGAUGCCAACGGCAACUUUUUACAAGACGAGUUCGAUAAGAUCUGGCCAAACUUGCGCGUGCUGGCUCGGUCCAGUCCCAAGGACAAGCAUACGUUGGUGACAGGUUUGAUUCAAUCGGACGUCAAGGCGUAUGGCCCGCAGGUGGUGGCCGUGACGGGGGAUGGCACGAACGACGCGCCGGCGCUCAAGAAGGCGGACGUCGGGUUCGCGAUGGGCAUUUGCGGCACGGCGGUCGCCAAGGACGCGUCGGACAUCAUCCUCAUGGACGACAACUUUCGGUCCAUCGUGAGCGCGGUCAAGUGGGGCCGCAACGUGUACGACUCGAUCGCCAAGUUCCUCCAGUUCCAGCUCACGGUCAACUUGGUGGCCAUCACAAUCGCCAUUGUUGGCGCCGUCUUCUUGGAGGAAUCUCCAUUGACCGCGAUCCAGUUGCUGUGGGUCAACUUGAUCAUGGACACGUUUGCGUCGCUGGCGCUGGCCACCGACAGCCCGACGCAAGCCAUGCUCGAGCGCAAGCCAUACCCGCGCACGAUGCCGCUCAUUUCGGGCCGCAUGACCAAACAUAUUCUGGGUCAGGGCAUGUACCAGUUGGCCGUGCUUGUCACGCUCGCGUUUGCCGGCGACAAGAUUCUCGGCAUCCCAUCCGGUCGUAAGUACGAACGCGAGUCGAGUGAGCCAUCGGUGCACUACACGAUCAUCUUCAACACGUUUGUGUUCUUGCAAGUGUUCAACGAGAUCAACGCCCGCCGCAUCCACGACGAACUGAAUGUGUUUCAAGGGAUCUUUGCCAACAAGUUGUACGUGGCGAUCUCGGUAUUUCAAGUCGUCAUGCAAGUAGUGAUCGUCCAGUUCGGGUCGGUUGUGUUUGGAUGCCACGCGUUGGACUCGACCCAAUGGGCCAUCUGCGUCGGGCUUGGUGCGAUCUCGCUGCCCCUCAGCGUCGUCCUUCGGCUGAUCCCUGUGCCCGUCGCCCUCGGAUUCGAACCGGAGAACCAACCCCACGCCGCCCACGACGCAUUCGUCCGCGGCGUGACCCGUGUGCAGACGCAAAUUCGCGUCGUCAACGCUUUCAAGCGCCCGUUGGUUCAGCGCCGCAACUCGGUCCUCGCGACCGCUUAACGUGUCCUCCGUCGACCUCUGCCAUUCGCGAGAUAACAUUGUUAGAAUACAUUAUGUGCAUCAUCAUCCACCAUGGGACUAUGGUUCAUAUCCCGGCGUCGACGAGACUGGUGCAACGCGCGGACAUGCCAUGCGCCUGUGGUCUCUCCGCCCCCCAUGCGCAGCCGAUGUCAGCCGCACGAUGUGAUCCGCCGGGCGAUGCUGUACAUCUCGGACGUGACGUUGCGC